CGCUCAUUUAUGUAAACAUUAAAGAUGGCGGCCUCCUCUCUUCAACGCGCAGCCCUCUGCAGGAUUCUGAGCAGGUUCAGGUGUUCAGGAGGACCCGGGAGACAGAUCUCUGCUGGAAGACAGCAGAGUCACUGCUGUGUGACAUCACACACCGUGGAGGGAAGCCGCUCGGCCUGCUGGGUAAAAGUCAGCCCACAUGAGCCAAUCAGGAGAAAGUUCCCCGACUCACAUGGAGGAGGAGGAGGAAGAGGAGGAGGAGGAAGAGGAGGAAGAGUGUUGUGGGCAGCUGUUGCUUUCUCCCUGUUCAGCAGCUCUGAUGAAGACAUAAGAGAUGAAGCUCAGAGGAAGGAGGACGAGUUGAUCCUGCUGCUGAAGAAGGCGAAGCUCAGUGUGUAUCGAGGACAGCUGCAGGCCGCGUCCACUUUCCUCCAUCAGGCCGUCGUGUUGGCUCAUCAAACCCACAACAACCAGGCCAUCAUCUACACCUACAGCCAGAUGGCGAAUCUGGCGUACGUUCAGGGUCAGCUGGACAGUGCAGAAAAACUCUUCAAAGCAUCCAUGAGCUUCAUGCUGUCAGGAGGAACCCCACAGGACGACAAUGCUGUCAUCGAGAUGUCACUGAAACUCGCCACAAUCUACGCCGAACAGAACAAGGCGGAGCUUGCUGAACAUGGUUUCAGGUUCUGUACGGAAUCUCUUGAGGCCAAACUAGAGAAGGAGAAGGAGGUGCCUGCAGAGCAGCAGACAGAGGAGCAGGAGGCUCUGAGGAAGGACACUCGCCUCCUGCUUGGUCUGUGUUUUGACUCGCGGGCUCGAUACCGAGCAUCAGGUUUACACCUGACCCAGGCCAAAGAGGACUACCAGAAAGCUCUGAAUAUUUGUCGCCAGGAGCAGGGGGACACACACCCACAGACACUGGUGCUGAUGAGUGACCUGGCCACCAUCUUGGAUCUACAGGGUGCCCACGACGAUGCCCUGGUACUGAUCCGGCAGGCUGUGGACCUCAGCCAGUCUGUGGGACAUCCGGACCAACAUGUCCUGCUGGGAAACAUGGCGGGCAUUCUGCUGCACAAAGGUCAGCUGGUGGACUCUGUGCGUUGCUACAAAGAAGCUUUGAGUUUGGCCCGGGAGGCUGGAGACCAGGAGGCUGUGGACAUGAUCCAGGAUGGACUGAAGGAGGUGAAGAAGAAGAAGAAGGAGAAGAAGAAGGAGGAGGAGGAGGAGAGAAGGGAGGAGCAGGCUAAACAGGAGGAGUGACUGUGAGGGUGUCCAGGUGUGUUUGAGACCUCAGCAACAGUUUGACUCCUCUGUCCUCAGCAGCCCCCUCAGUCUGACCACUGACCCUUCAGAUCCUCAUCAAACACCUGGACCAGGUCCAUGAAGAACCUGCAGACCUGUUUGAGUCUUUGUGUGUGUCAGACGCUGAAUGCUAUCUGUAUGUCUGUCUUUAAUGGUAAAACUGAGCAUUUUAAGCUGUAUUUAUAUUUCUGACCACUAGGGGGCGAGUAUCUUCACAUCAUGAUGGUCAGAGUCCUGCAGGUGUUUAUAUUAUGUUCAGGACAAGUUAAGAUAAAGAAAGAGUUAAUAAAAGUGUUUGCUUUCA